GAGGCAGCCAUUUGCUUUUCCCCAGUCACCGCUCAGAACCCAUGGAGAGUAAAUAACCUUUAUGUUACUAGAAAGCUUAAAACUCUGUUUUCUACCCACCGUCAUUAAAACCCAUAAAGACGCCUCUCUCUCCAUAAAUUUCCUAACUUUAAAUUUGCUCUUAUCUCUUCUGCAUGUUAUUGUUUUGUUUCUAUUGUAUUCACUUUACAUCUAUCGUUGAUUUACCAAACCAGAAAUUAGACAUUUAAACAGUGUUUUCUUAUUAUUUGUGCUGCUUAUUUGUAUUUUUGUUACACCACCUUUAGCCUCUUUGUGUACUGUUUAUUUAAGAAUAUGAACCAAAAUGGAAAGAAAAAAAGUUAGAAACAAUUAAGUGGGAGAGGUUGUAAUCUAGUUUAAUGUUAAUCCCGCUUGUGUAUGCACCCUGCUCUAUCUGCAUUGGAAAUUGCAACGAAAACUCUGCCAAAUUCCCAUACAGCUGCAUAGAAGAUUUGAUUUUUUGAGUCAGGUUCAUCUAAAAUUCAAAGGUUUCAUCUUUUCAUCUCUUUGAUUCGGUUCUCUUGCUGUUUCUUUUUUCCCGCUUUUGUCUUUAAUUCAGAUCUCUUAGUUGUUGUUGUUUCUUUAAUUUCUAUUAUUGUUUGCUAUUAAUCCAUUUGUAGUUUAUGUAAGAAUCCAGGAUUCAGUUCCUGUUAAGAACAAAAAGAUUCAAAGCUUUGGUGAUACUGUUACUUGCUAGGAUUUUGAAAAUAUGGGUUGUAAGAUAAUUGAAUUGCUCAUCUGGGUUUCUUCAGUCUUAUGUUUUCAAUGCUUUGCUAGAGGGUUUACACCAGCAGACAACUACCUUAUUGAUUGUGGAUCACUAGCUAAUAGUACAGUGGGUGGUCGAGUUUUCAUGGCUGAUGACUUAGCCUCUAAACUCCUUUCUACACCACAACGUGUUGUUGGGAACACUUCGAAAUCAAUCAUCUCUUCUGCCGUUUCACGGCUCUAUCAAACAGCUAGAAUCUUUACCGGUGUUUCUAUGUAUACAUUUCCAGUCAGCCAACGGGGGAGACUCUGGAUUCGCCUUUAUUUCAAUCCAUUUGUUUAUGCUACUUACAAUAUGAGUUCGGCAAAGUUCGAUGUUUCCACUGAAAACCAUGUCCUUCUCAGCAGUUUCAGUGUUGGAGCUCAUCUUGUCAAAGAAUUCUCUGUUAAUAUCACCACCGAUAGCCUUGCCAUCAUAUUCACUCCUUCAGAGAAUUCAUUUGCUUUUAUAAAUGCCCUGGAAGUUGUUUCAGUUCCUGAUCAGCUCAUUCCAGACCACGUCCGUACUGUUAAAUCAUCAGUGGGAUUCCAAGGCUUGAUGUGGCAGGCACUGGAGACGGUUGCUAGGGUGAAUGUGGGGGGACCUAUGGUGUCCUUCAAGAACGAUACGCUUCAUCGAACAUGGGUGCCUGAUCAGAGUUUCCUUAUAGAAAAGAAUCUUGCAUCAACUGUAUCAAAUACUAGAGCUGUCAAGUAUGUUGAUGGUGGAUCAACACCAGAGAUUGCUCCAGUUUCUGUUUAUGGUAGCUGCACCAAGAUGAACUCCUUAGGUGACCCCAAUAGCAACUUCAAUGUGACCUGGGAAUUCGAUGUGGAUCCCGGUUUUCAGCACCUAGUUAGGUUUCAUUUUUGUGAUAUUGUCAGCACUUCUCUUAACCAGCUCUAUUUCAAUGUUUUCAUCGACUCCUCAAUGGUUGUGAGGGACCUUGAUCUGAGUGCUUAUUUGGGUAAUGUUUUGGCUGCUGCAUAUUAUAUGGAUUUUGUUACAGACUCAGCUACUAUGAACAAGCUUCGAGUAAGCAUCGGUCCAUCAAAUUUACGUGGUGUUUACCCUGAUGCCAUACUAAAUGGGCUUGAAAUCAUGAAAUUGAACAAUUCUGAUGGCAGCCUUACUGGCUUGGGAACUGCCAAUACUUCUGGUUCAAGUUCAAAGAAGAAAGUUGGUGCCAUAGUGGGUGCCAGUGUUGGGGUGGCUUUUGAACUGCUGUUGGCAGGACUUCUAUUUAUGUUUUGUAGAAAAAGAAGAUGUGUGGCACACCAGAGGCAAUCGAAGAUAUGGAUUCCUUUUUCAACUAAUGGAGGAACUUCCCACACUAUAGGGAGCAAAUACUCCAAAGGAACAACUGCUAGUGUCAAUUCGAAUACUGGCUAUCACAUUCCUUUUCUGGCUGUUCAAGAAGCCACCAAUAAUUUUGAUGAAAGUUUGGUCAUUGGGAUUGGCGGUUUCGGUAAGGUAUACAAGGGAGAACUGAAUGACGGUACAAAAGUUGCUGUUAAAAGGGGAAAUCCCCGGUCCCAACAAGGACUUGCCGAGUUCCAGACUGAAAUUGAGAUGCUAUCCCAGUUCCGUCACCGCCAUUUAGUUUCUUUAAUUGGUUAUUGUGAUGAAAAGAAUGAGAUGAUCUUGAUUUAUGAAUAUAUGGAGAAUGGUACACUCAAGAGUCAUCUCUAUGGUUCGGGCCAUCCAAGUUUAAGUUGGAAACAAAGGCUUGAAAUAUGCAUUGGAGCAGCUAGAGGACUCCAUUACCUUCACACAGGCUAUGCGAAAGCAGUUAUUCAUCGUGAUGUGAAGUCCGCGAAUAUCUUACUUGAUGAGAAUCUCAUGGCCAAGGUUGCGGAUUUCGGGCUGUCAAAGACAGGACCUGAAAUCGAUCAGACCCAUGUCAGUACAGCCGUGAAAGGAAGUUUUGGAUACCUGGAUCCAGAAUAUUUCAGAAGGCAACAACUGACAGAAAAAUCUGAUGUAUAUUCAUUUGGAGUGGUUUUGUUUGAAGUUCUUUGUGCAAGACCAGUAAUAGAUCCUACUCUUCCAAGGGAAAUGGUAAAUCUAGCUGAAUGGGCAAUGAAAUGGCAGAAAAGAGGACAGUUGGUGCAAAUAAUUGAUUCUAAUCUCAAAGGAAAGAUCAGGUCUGAUUCUCUUAGGAAGUUUGGAGAAACUGCUGAGAAAUGCUUAGCUGAUUCCGGUGUCGACAGGCCUUCCAUGGGGGAUGUUUUAUGGAAUCUGGAGUAUGCUCUUCAACUUCAGGAGGCUGUUCAAGGCGAUCCUGAAGAGAACAGUACGAACAUGAUCGGUGAACUUUCUCCACAAAUUAACAAUUUCAGUCAGCUUGAUCCAACAGUUUCUUCUGCACAGUUUGUGUUGUCGAGUGUGGAUGACCUCUCAGGUGCUUCAAUGAGUAAAGUGUUCUCACAGCUGGUGAAGUCUGAAGGCAGGUGAAUUAUAUGUUAUGGAGCAAAGAUUACAUGAUUUUCUCCGAUCCACCAAAGCUCGGUGGAACGUGUAUUUUGUGAGCUCUUCCAUGUACAGCAGGGUUGGGGAUAUGUAGUGAGCUUUAAGAAUGUUCUCGUUGCUUGUUUGUUUCGGAUUUGCUAUUAGGUGCAUAUCUUACUUUAAUCGGUCGACAGUGAUUGGUCGUUUUCUUGUUCUUAUUCCAUUCCCCACAGUUCUGGUAUAAUUUAUUACUUUUAUCUAUCUGCAUCAACAUGAACACGAGAUAGAACUGUUCUUCCUGGUUGAUGGCCUGUUAAAAGAUAAUGCAUGAUUUUAGCUUGGAGCA